GGGAAGUGGGCGCUGCAACCUUUGACGCAGCCUUUAGUCUUCUUCGCUCCUUUUUCUGUGACAGCGUGCGUAAAGCUAAGAUAGAAAAGCUAAGCUAGCAAAACAACAGUCACUCCUGGAGUUUACCUGUGGCCGUGAAAGUGAUGUUUUAGGAGCUAUGAGGCGGAUAAGUCCUUUUUAUUGUCCUCUGGGUGUCCUCAGUGCGGACUAGUGACCUAACGUCUCACCGGAGUUAGCUAAGUUGCUAACUCACAGGCUGCUACUUCUGUCGUAAAUACAACGUUUGGAAAAGCGCAGGGACCAUGGCCAAUCUGGAGCAGUGGGUGAGCGACCGCCUCCACGACAUCCUCGGCCUCAGCGACCGAUACGUGUCUCAGUUCAUGAUCGGCACCGCCCGCAAAGCGUCCUGUCCCGAGGACUUUGUGAGUCGCCUGGAGCAGACCGGGACGAUCGACAUCGACCCGACCGUGACGGCCUUCGCCAAGGAGCUCUUUGAAAAGAUUCCUCGCAAGCAGGUUGUGGAGAAGCCGUCCCGAGAGUUAGAGCGACAGGCCAUCGAAAUGGACAGGAAGAAUCGGACGUACACGCUGCUGGAGGACAGCGAGAGCGAAGAAGACGCCGCGAGGGAGAAGCAGAAAGGGAAGAAGAAAAGCAAAGACAGAGGAAACAAGAGGAAGCACAUCAGACAGAAGAAAGGCAGCGAGUCGUCUAGUGAGGAGGAAGCACCUAAAAAGGGCAGCUCAAACCAACGGGACGUCAGGUCCGUGAAGAAGGAAGAUGAUGAGGAGGAGGAAGAGUGGGAGAAGGAGGAGAGGGAGCGACUGCAGGACAUCGAGGAGAGGGACGCGUUCGCUCUGAGAGUGAGGGAGAAGGACAAGGACAAGACCCGAAACAUCGCGGAGAGGACGGACAAGAAGGCUUACGAGGAAGCUCAGAAACGUCUGAAGAUGGCUGAAGACGACCAGAAGAACAUGCUGCCGGAGCUGAGGAAGCGUUCUCGCUGGGACUAUCUGAAGAAGAGGGAGGCGGAGAAGCUGGAGGACCUGGAGGCGGAGAUCAUCGACGAGGAGUAUCUCUUCAGCACCGACGACAUGACGGAGAGGGAGAAGAAGGAGCUGGAGUACAAGCGCACCCUCCGAGACCUGGCCAAGGAUUACAAGAAGGCUGGAGCCAAGGAGCAGGAGGAGAGGAAGAACAGAUACUACAUGCCGGAGGAGAAGAGAAGCAAGGAGCUACCACAGAGGGACCUGGAGCUGGAGGAGACGCCCAUGGAGCUGGGGGGGGAGCAGGGCCGCUGGGAGGAGGAGAGGCUGAAGACGGCCUCCCUCAGCUUCGGGGCCAAGAGGGAGCGAGAGCUGGGGAUGAGGAAGGAGCAGGAGAAGUACGAGCUGAUCCUGGAGGAGGACGAGAUGAUCGACUUCGUCAGCACGGCCAUCACCAUGAAGGGAACCCGCGCAGACAAGGAACAGGAGGCGGCGUCUCUGUCGCAGGCGGAGAUGAAGAAACUGUCCAUGCAGGAGGUCCGACGCAGCCUCCCCAUCUUCCCCUACAGAGAAGACCUGUUGGCCGCCAUCAGCGAGCACCAGAUCCUGGUCAUCGAGGGGGAGACGGGCUCCGGAAAGACCACCCAGAUCCCCCAGUACCUCCUGGAGAACGGCUACACCAAAGGAGGCAUGAAGAUCGGGUGCACGCAGCCCCGCAGGGUGGCGGCCAUGUCGGUGGCAGCCAGAGUGGCAGAGGAAAUGAGCGUGAAGCUGGGCAACGAGGUGGGCUACAGCAUUCGGUUCGAGGACUGCACGUCGGAGAGGACGGUGCUGAAGUACAUGACGGACGGCAUGCUGCUCCGGGAGUUCCUGACCGAGCCCGACCUGGCCAGCUACAGUGUGAUCAUCAUAGACGAAGCCCACGAGCGGACGCUGCACACAGACAUCCUGUUCGGCCUCAUCAAGGACAUCGCCCGGUUCAGAGCCGACCUGAAGGUUCUGGUGGCGAGUGCCACUCUGGACACCGAGCGCUUCUCCAGCUUCUUCGACGACGCGCCCGUCUUCAGGAUCCCCGGGCGGAGGUUCCCCGUGGACAUUUUCUACACUAAAGCUCCGGAGGCCGACUACCUGGAAGCUUGCGUGGUGUCGGUGCUGCAGAUCCACGUCACUCAAUCUCCCGGAGACGUCCUCGUCUUCCUCACUGGACAGGAGGAGAUCGAGGCGUGCUGCGAGCUCCUCCAGGAGCGCUGCAGGAGGCUCGGGUCUAAGAUCGCCGAGCUGCUCGUCCUCCCCAUCUACGCCAACCUGCCCUCCGACAUGCAGGCGAAGAUCUUCAAUCCCACGCCGCCGGGAGCCCGGAAGGUGGUGGUGGCCACCAACAUAGCAGAGACCUCGCUCACCAUCGACGGCAUCAUCUACGUCAUCGACCCGGGCUUCUGCAAACAGAAGAGCUACAACGCCCGCACCGGCAUGGAGUCGCUCAUCGUCACGCCCUGCUCACGGGCCUCGGCCAAUCAGAGAGCCGGCCGAGCAGGUAGAGUGGCUGCUGGGAAAUGUUUCCGCCUCUACACGGCCUGGGCCUUCAAACACGAGAUGGAGGAGACGACCGUACCGGAGAUCCAGAGGACCAACCUGGGAAAUGUAGUCCUGCUGCUGAAGAGCCUCGGUAUUAACGACCUGAUCCACUUCGACUUCAUGGACCCGCCUCCUCAUGAGACUCUGGUGCUGGCUCUGGAGCAGCUCUACGCCCUGGGAGCUCUCAACCACCUGGGGGAGCUCACCAAGCUGGGUCGCAGGAUGGCCGAGUUACCGGUGGAUCCCAUGCUGAGCAAGAUGAUCCUGGCCUCGGAGCAGUACAAAUGCUCGGAGGAGGUGCUGACGAUCGCGGCCAUGCUGUCUGUGAACAACUCCAUCUUCUACCGGCCCAAAGACAAGGUGGUGCACGCGGACAACGCCAGGAUGAACUUCGUGGUGCCGGGCGGAGAUCACCUGGUGCUGCUCAACGUCUACACACAGUGGGUGGAGAGCGGCUUCUCCACACAGUGGUGCUACGAGAACUUCAUCCAGUUCCGCUCCAUGAGACGAGCUCGGGACGUCCGGGACCAGCUGGAGGGUCUGAUGGACCGCAUCGAGGUGGAGGUGGUGAGCUCCGACGGAGACAGCGUCCCCAUCCGUAAGGCGGUGACGGCGGGAUAUUUCUACCACACGGCGCGACUCAGCAAAGGAGGCUACAAGACGGUGAAGCACCAGCAGACGGUCUACGUCCACCCCAACAGCUCCCUGUUCGAGGAGCAGCCGCGCUGGCUCAUCUACCACGAGCUGGUCUUCACCACCAAGGAGUUCAUGAGACAGGUGAUUGAGAUCGAGAGCGGCUGGCUGCUGGAGGUGGCCCCCCACUACUACAAGAGCAAAGAGCUGGAGGACAGCAGCAGCAAGAAGAUGCCCCGCAAGCAGGGCAAAACAAAGGAGGAGCUGGGCUGAGGAGCAGCUCAGGGCUCACGGGACCGAUGCCAAGAGCAAAACACGGGAGAAACCUUUAAGGAGUGGAAGCAUUGUGUUGUGUUGAGUUUGAAAUGUGCAGAGUUCAGACUGACUGGUCGGUUUAAUCGUAAACCGGCCGUGACGAAGACGAGCGAGGGCUCGGACUCACCGGGUGGGUUCGCCUGUCGCCUCCGAACGCACACCAGCCUGUUUGCUGACCGAAAUAAAGAGACUUGAAGACAGAGGCUUUGUUAAAGCGUUCAGCACCAAACUGGAAGACUCACUCUGACUCUCUAUCCUUAGUUUUCUUUUCUUUUUUUACGACAAUAAACGUUUGCAGCCUCUUGA